AUGAUUGGUCUCAAGGUCCUCCUCAUCUCGGCCCUGUCCGCCAUCAGCGUGACUGCCCGUGCCGUCGACCUUGCCGAGCGCGAGACCGUCGACCUGGUCGAGCGUGCGGACUGCGUUUACACCUGCGGCUCGGUAUGCUACUGGCAGGAGGACAUUGACGAGGCCCUGGCCAAGGGCUACAGCCUCCAGAAGUCGGGGUCUGCCAUCAACAACUACCCUCACCAGUACAACAACUACGAAGGCUUCUCGUUCCCCACCAAGGCCCCGUGGUACGAGUUCCCCAUCCUGUCGUCCUACAAGGUCUACACCGGCGGCUCUCCCGGCGCGGACCGUGUCAUCUUCGACAGCAAGGGUGCCUUGGACGCUCUGAUUACACACACCGGUGCCAGCGGCAACAACUUCGUUGCCUGCAAGAAAUAA